CAUUCUAGACCUUUCCACAAUCACCCCCCUUAUUCUUCUUCUUCUUCUUCCUCUUUUUUUUUCCCCUAAAAAAUUCUAGACCUUUCUAAAUAAAAAAAUAAUAAUAAUUAAAUAACCCUCAAGAAACCACAUCGCCCUCUCCAUCAUUCCCACCCAGAUUUCCCACACCAGAAAGGAUCUUUUUUUCAAGAAUCGUCAAUGGCCAAGUACGGAGAAGGAGACAAACGUUGGAUCGUAGAAGACAGGCCAGACGGAGCCAACGUACACAACUGGCACUGGGCUGAGACAGACUGUUUAGAAUGGUCAAGAAAUCUUCUCUCCAAACUCCUCAACAACCUCAAAGUCCUCGACGGGGAAGGAAACCUCUUUAUCAAAAUCAACAAGGUUGAAAAAGUCGAGGGAGAAGCUUACGUUAAUGUCCGGAAGGGGAAGAUAAUCCCGGGUUAUGAAUUGAACGUGGUUCUUUCGUGGCAAGGCGAGGCGAAAGAUAGUGAAGGGAAUAGUUUGUUGAAGGUAGAUGGAUCUGUUGAAAUUCCUUAUAUUUCCGACGAGAACGCUGAUGAAGAUCCUGAGAUUCGUGUUACGGUGAAAGAUGAAGGCCCAAUUGGGAAGACUUUGAAGGAUGCUAUGUUUUCGAAAGGGAAGCCGGUGGUGGAGGAGAAGGUUAGAGUUUAUGUGCAGAGUAUGGCGAAAGGUGGGCCGGCGAAGGAGGAAUUGGAGAGUAAGAAGGUAGAGAAAAGUGGGCAGCCGGUGGCUGGGGCGUCGGUGAAGAAUGCGGGGAGUGUGGCUCCGGUGGUGGAGAAGGAGGCGAAGAAGGAGGUGAAGAAAGAGGUGAAGAAAGAGGGGUUUAAGAGUAUUAGUUUGACGGAGAAGUUUAGUUGUAGAGCAAAAGAUUUGUUUGAGAUAUUGAUGGAUGAGAAUAGGUGGAAGGGGUUUUCUCAGAGUAAUGCGAGGAUUAGUAAAGAGGUUGGAGGGGAGUUUAGUAUUUUUGAUGGGUCGGUGACGGGGAGGAACGUGGAGUUGCAAGAGGGGAAAUUGAUUGUGCAGCAAUGGAGGUUUGGGAACUGGCCUGAUGGGAUUGUUUCGAAGGUAAGAAUUACUUUUGAUGAGCCCGAACCCAGGGUUACUAUAGUGAAGGUGAUGCAUACUGAUAUACCCGAGGAAGACAGAUAUGGGAAUGCAACUGUGGUGGAGAAUACUGAAAGAGGAUGGCGGGAUCUUAUUUUAAACAAGAUACGGGCAGUUUUUGGUUUUGGCGUAUGAGUUUUUUUCAUAGCUUCUUUGAAGUGUAGAAUCUCAUCAAUUUAUCUUUCAGCAAUGAAAUCUGAAUUACUGAAUGCCUGGGGAUUGUUUUGGUUUUUAAAGACUUUCCUUGAUAAUUCAGUCCAUACAGUUGUAAUCUUAUUAAAUUGCAUGUCAUGUCACUCGUGUUUUCUAAUGACCAAAAUGCUCUAUUGAGCAAGCUUGUUACAA